AAAGUCAGUUGGUUAUUUUCAAACUCGCGGAACAAGCAAGCGUGUUCAGUACGAAAAAUCGAGUAUUAAUUCUCAAAAUAAAAAGUUUAAAGUGCCAAAGUUUGAGAAAAUAUUAAGAUGGAUGGAGAUGAUUACAAUGUUUUCUCAGAGGCUGAACUUCCUGUCUCUGAGAUAGAUGUUGCAAAGCCAAGCAAGGAUUUUAUUGUCAAUCUUAUAACGGCCUUUUUUAAUAAAUUUCACAUUGAUGGAUAUUUGAUUAAACAGCCAACACAAGAACAGCUUGACUCGUUAGUUUUUCAAGAUCGAGAGCUUUACGAUGAACUGAUAAAACUGAUAAAUAUGCACGUGGCUAUGUCUGGAAUCUUUGAGAAAAUAUUUGUCAAAGAUUUCCAACUGAUCGACAUUACAAGUCCAAGUCCAAAGAAAACAAAAAAGCUGACGAAGUUUCUAGCAAAUUUUGUUUUGUAUUACCGAAACAAAUUGUCAGAAAUUGAAGGUAGUGUGAAUGAUAUAGUGCAUCGACGGGAAAAAAUAGAUCAGUUGAUUUCUAAAAAGCGUGAUGCCUUAGAAAAAAUUGCUAGAAGUAAAGCUUACAGGCAAGAUCAAUCGGUUUACAAUGAAAAGUUGCGUAAGGAGAUAGAAGAAGUGCGGAAAAGAACGGAGAAAAUUACUACCGGCAUGGGAGAAAAAAAGGAACAAGUAAGACUUCUGGAACAAGAUAGACAGAAGGUGGCCCAAGUUUAUGGAGACAAGAAGUCGGAAGCGUUGGAGGUAACUAAUAAAACUGCUGGGAUACAAGCUCAAGUGGUGGAGUCGCCGGAAGGAUUAGAGGCACAAUUGAGGGAUCUUGAAAAGCAGAAGGAUUUUAAAACAAAGGAGAGGGAGCUCAAAUAUGAUUCAAUUAAAGAGAAGAAAAAGCUUGUUGAACGCAGAGAAUCUAUUCAGGAUUUCAUUCACAAGGAGGCAGAAAAACUGACUCAAGUCAAGAAAUUACAUCAAGAAAAGACAAAGGUCGCGAAGCAAUUGGAGAGUGUUAAGAAAGAGCUAGAGGAAAUCCAGGAUGCCAUUUUAAAGUUGGAGAAGGAUCGAGAAAUUCAGGAAAGUCACUGUAGCGCCUCUGAAAUCGAAGAACUGAACCUUCAAGUAGAAACGCGCCUUGCGCCUCUGCGUGAUCAAGCUGCGCUUUUGUCGAUUGAGAGGAAGGAUUUAGACGCAAAAUUUAAACAUGAACAAGAAAAACAUCGAGAAGUUGUUUCGCACUUGAAUCGUGUACUCGAAGAGAUAACGACACUCGAAAGAGAAACUUGCACUUUCCUGAAGCAGUGCCAGGAACUUUACAACAACGAAAUUUCAGAAGACCUGCAACUAAGAAAAAUCUUUGAAGGCUUCUUCAAAAAAUAAAAGACGAAGCAUUUCCUUAAAUGUCAGUUGUGUGAGAGUUUAUUAGUCACAUUUUUUUUUUUUUUUUUUUUUUUUUUUGACAAAAAUUGGUUAAUUUAAACCAAAAUGCUUCACUAUAAUAAUUUUGUACGACGAGUCCACGAAAAUUGGCGAUUUGGGAUUUCAGGGUGGCCGUUUUAAUGCAAGAAAAAAAUUCCCGGUCAUUUCCCGGGUCGCAAACAUUUUUCAAGGUCAAUGAUAUUACAAAAAUCGAACUGAACUGCAAAUGAAAUCACUCAAAGUGAAAAUCUUGAAACUUAAACUUUUUAAAUUAAAGUUCAAAUGUUGUUUUAUUCAACAGAAUAAUAAUUUUGUUUGAAAUAUUCAAUUUGCCAUUCAAAAUUGUU